UUGGCGCCAGUAUGUCAUUGGGUUACAUGGGUCUCCUCCCACUCUUAAAAUAAGGUUUAAAAAUCGCGUCUUCCCAACCAUCAACCCAUUUUUCUAUUCCCUCUGUCAACAGUUCGAUCGGAACCUUCCACGAUCUCUCUCUCCCUCGGCGAGUGGAAAGCUGUGUCCUUUUUCGGGCAUUGCGAUUGCUUCUUCUGUCGGGACAAGGUGGUUUUUCUUUUUUUUUUGUUGGGGUUCGUCGCCGUUCGAGCUUCGGCAUUCUUUUGAGAUAGACCAAGCCUCAAGAUAUGGGAUGCUUGGUGUCAACACCGGAGGAUAAUGGUGGUAUGAGAAGGAUGCCACGAGACAUUGGGGAGGUCUCCGUCUAUGUUCCGGGUCUCCGGAUUCCUAAACCAGUCAAUUUUUCUCCGCCACUGGGCAGCAAUUUAUCGUGGAAUUUGGUGCAACUCCUGACUACCCUAAGGAACCGUAUUGCCGUGCUGGCGGGUGAAGGAGUCCCUACAGUCAAGACAUCGACAAGGAAAAAUGCCACUCAGCAUGGAGGUUCAACUUUGACUGAUCUGCAGUAUGCUCUGGAAGAAUACUUGCCCGUACUAUUGGGAUUGGUCAAAGAAGGAAACCAUCUGAUGCAUAAAGUACAAUUUGUUUGGGUUAAUCAGGAGGAUGAAGCAGAGGAAACCGCAAUAUCUAAUGCUUGGUAUGAGGUUUUGUCAGUUUUGCAUAUGAUGGCAAUUGUAUCACUGUUACAAGCUAACAUAAUGCUCCUUCCGAAGACAUCAGCCGAUGGCAUUCAGUCAAAAGUCUCCGAAGGAUGUAGGAGAGCAUCUGUCGAUGUUUUCCUAAAGGCAGCUGGGUUCUUGGACUAUGCAGUUCGGCAUGUUCUUCCUCAAUUCCCUGCUGAACUCAGGAGAGAGUUACCGGUAGACCUUCAAGAUGGAGUUCUCCAAGCACUUUGCCUCCAAGCACUGGGGCAGGCUGCUGAUAUUCAACUUGGGAUGGCCAUAGCCAGUUCCAAAGCCACUCUGGCGGUGAAGCGUCGGCUUGCCUGCGAGACGGUAAAAUACUGGCAGCAGGCUCAAGAGAAUCUUGUGAACCUUCCCUUAGUGAAUGGUUGGGGAGAAAAGCACCACCAAUAUGUUAAAUGGAAGUACGUGGAAGCAAAGGCUGCAGCAUAUUAUUUCCAUGGUCUGAUACUUGACGAGGGGAAGUCCCAUGGAAUGGCAGCAGCUGCUUUGCAGGUAGCAGUCGAGUCUCUUGAAGAAAGUAAGAAGCUCUCUGCAGCAUUUGACGCAACACCUCCUCUGUCAAGAAAUCCACCAGUCUGGGGAACCGCAAAGUACAUCUCUGAGAAAAUCCCAAACGAUGCUUCCGCCAAAGUGCGGAUAAACAGAGAUCUGUACUCCCAAGAUAAGACUACGGACAUUGCACCGACCCUGCCUGAUUUUGCUUUGGCCUUAAAACCCGACGACUACCAACUCCCUUCAGUGCAUAGCUGUUGGAAUCAGGAGAAAACAAAUAGCGGCAAGCCGGAGGCCAACCAGCCCAAGGACACAAGAUGAAGUGUACAUUUUUAUGUUAUCGGUGAAUACGGGGGACGCUGCAGAACUUGGAUGCGGAAGAUACAGAGAAGCAAAGUGGAUUGCCGGAGAAGUUCCUUCGGAUCCAACGACAGAAAUUUUUCUCAGAUUAAGUUUCGGUUUUCCUGUGUGUUUAUUGGGUCUGUAUUUAUCGCGGGCACAGCACAGCCAGUUCAAGAGAGGCCUUCGAAAUUGUACAAGUAUAUGGUGUGAGUGUAAUUUGUUUCAACUCCGGUGGGAAAGAAGCGGCCCCUUCCUUCUCGACCAAAGCAAUGUUGUCUUGCUGUCGAAAAGCCAACUUGGUGUGUGAUGUGAAAUUCAGUGAAAGCGGAAAAUUUAGCCUGUGUGUCGACCGUGAGAAGGGUCAGAGAAUUGUGUAUGGAUGUGAAGAACGAACUAAGUUUUGCAUAUAUGAUUCGCGUGCCGUUGUUGACAGAAUGCAGAGUCGGAUUUUUAUGUUA